AUGAAAAUCUCUACAUCAAUCUUGAUCGGCCUUGGUGCAGCUUUUCAAAACCUGCACAUCACUGAGGUUGCAGGUGACAGUCAUGAGGAUAAUGGCGAUGCCAGCUUCAACAGUGAUUCAUCUGUUGUGGCCCCUACUUUUUCUCCUGAGACCAACGACACUAUUCAGCAAGGUGAUGUCGUCUCUAAUAUGUCGACAUCAGACCCAAACGUCGGUGACGUCGGGUACUCCGUAUUUCAAGCCCUCGAACCGCCGACCUACCUCUUCGAACAUACUGACGCUAUCAUGGGCCUAUGUCCACCACGAUUUCUCGACUCAGCUUUGAUCAAGAAUCGUGCCAUUCCGACUAACAAUUGGUGGGGUAACAUCAUCGCUCAUGACUCCAAUGCCGCCAUUCAACCCAUUUGGUCCAACCCGUACUCGUUGCAAAUGGUCGUUGACAAAGCUCCAUUUGGCAUGUCCGUCAGCUAUCCCUAUCGCAGCCGCUUUAGUGGUGGCAGUUCCGGCAAUAACGGAGCGGUGAAAUACUAUGCGCACGGUCAAAAUCGCGAGUUCCAAUUUUCGGCUGUCGAGAUUAUCAAUCAAAAGCCUAGUUUUCAAGUUGUAGAUUGGGCCGACCAAGGAGUAACUGUGAAAUUUACUGCUGCUUCAUACGGUGGCACGAUGGUGUCGGACUUGGUAUCGGGAAUGGUGUACUCUUCAAUGAAAUACUCAAGUCUUACCCCUCGACUCGUGUCAAGUGCAGCCAUCUCCAGCAUCAACGGUCAGCCUUGUACUGGGCAAAUCCAUGGAUCAAAGUUUGAAAUUGUUUAUAACUCUGGUCAAAAGUGGGUCCUCUACGCGCUAUCUAGCGAUGGCUUAAGUGACAAAGAUAUCACUUUGACAGCUGACGGUCCGUUUGCUCUCAAAAGCACAGGCACUUUUGACGGUAUUUUGCGCGUUGCACUCGCGCUUGAGGAUUCCUGGCUACCAACGCUGGACCAACAUAAGUCCUGUAUCGUACAAGCUGCAACUAUUGAUUUACAUGAUGACACUUCAUAUGCUUUCAAAUGGAAGACAGCGGGUGACUGCUCCUGUGGACUAUUGCAUUAUGCUAUGAUACACCACUCUGAAACUAUUGACAAGAGUAGCGGAGUCUGCCCGGUGGAGGGCAUGGUGGCCUACUCGACAACUCGUGGAGCAUAUCAGGCUUUCACGACUCCAAAAAACUCGGGUGCACCUGUGUGGGAAAUCAAAGAAACUCAACCAGUACCAGAAGACUUCUACCCGUCGCGCAAAAUCACGUCUGACGUGGUGCAGCAGCAACGUAUUGUCGACCACUUGCGUGGAGACAUCAACGCUGCAUGGUCCAUUCCACGGGAUGGCAGCUACUAUUUUAAUGGCAAGGCAGCACAAAAGUACGCUUCGCUCUGUUUAAUCGCCAACGACCCAGCAAUCGUUCGAGGUGACAAGAGUCUUUUGAAUUUAUGUCUGAAUAAACUACGUGGUGUGAUGGCACCUUUCGUAGCAAAUAGUUGGACAAACAAACUUCAGUACGAUCGGAUCUAUGGUGGUAUUGUAAGCUCUCAAGGAUUCAAAACCAGAGACCUUAACGCAGACUUCGGGAAUACCAUGUACAACGACCACCAUUUUCACUAUGGCUAUUGGGUACACACGGCUGCCAUCAUUAAUCGUUUGGACCCAAGCUGGAACGACCUUCCCAAGCUUAAUUCAAUAGUCAACCUAUUGAUUCGCGACGUUGCUAACUUUGAUCCUAGUGACAAAUUCUUCGCACGAUUUCGGUCGUUCGAUUGGUUCCGUGGACACUCGUAUUCGCACGGUGUCACACCAUUUGCUGAUGGAAAGGACCAGGAGAGCACAUCCGAAGACGUGAAUUUUGCCUUUGGUAUGUACAUGUACGGCAAAGCGACUAAAAAUGUUGCUAUGGAAGCUAUUGGAAAGCUCAUGACACGUGUCAAUACGCACGCUAUCAAGACAUAUUUCUUAAUCGAGGAUGCCAAUCAGAUUCAUCCUGACAAAUUCCGUCCGAACAAGGUCACAGGUAUAUUUUUCGAUAAUAAAGUCGACUAUGCUACUUGGUUCAGUGCUGAAAAGCACUGCAUUCAUGGCAUCCAGAUGAUUCCUGUGUCAGCGGUAACCGAAUACGUACGCACUAAGCAAUUUGUCAAAGAAGAGUGGGAGCAAGUACUUAGUAAGGAGAGUAUUGUAACGCGUGAAGACACAGGCAAUUCGUGGCUUUCAUUGCUCUACGCAAACUUUGCCAUCGUCGAUAAGCAACGAGCGUUGCGUGUUCUUCAAAAAGCCAAGAUGGACGAUGGUCUAUCGCGUUCGUGGGCACUAUACAUGGCUGCAAGUUUUGCCGAGUAA